ACAAUAAUGUCGGUUAAUUUAAAAACCAUAUACGCUUUUGCGCGAGAGAUGCAUUCCAAAAAUAUAAAUAAGCCUAUACAAUAUGGUACAGCUGGAUUUCGGACCAAAGCUACAGAUUUGGACUAUGUCAUGUUUCGUAUGGGGGUUCUUGCAGCUCUUCGUUCUCGUGUUAAAAGUACAGCAGUCAUUGGAUUAAUGAUAACAGCUUCACAUAAUCCUGAAGAGGAUAAUGGUAUAAAGCUCGUGGACCCCCAUGGUGAAAUGCUUGAACAAAGUUGGGAAGAGUUAGCAACCACUUUAGUCAAUGUUAGUGAUUCAGAGUUAGAGGCUACAGUUGAAAAAAUUGUAAAAGACUUGAAUAUCGAUCUUAACUUGAAGGCUAAUGUAUUUAUUGGUAUGGAUACAAGGUAUAGUAGCCCUAGUCUUUGCAAAGCUGCUGUUGAUGGAGUAUUAUCUAUUAGAGGAUCUCCCAGAGAAUUUGGUAUUGUGACGACUCCAAUGCUUCACUAUUUUGUUUUAUGUGCAAACACUGAUCAGGCAUAUGGAAAACCUACUGAAGAAGGCUAUUAUACCAAAUUGAUAACUGCCUUCAAAACCCUUCGUGGCGAUGUUACAUUCAAUGGCAAGUAUACACCAAAGUUUUUCUUUGAUGGUGCAAAUGGAGUUGGUGGCAAAAAAAUGGUUCAAUUUCAAAAAAGACUGGGUGAAAGCAUAGAUGUUGAUAUAUAUAACAACGGCAAAGGAAAAUUAAACCAUAAGUGUGGGGCUGAUUUUGUGAAAGUUCAACAGUGCUCACCCCAAGGAAUGCCAGUUGAAAAGAAUGUCCGGUGUGUUUCUGUCGAUGGAGAUGCUGAUCGGAUUGUAUAUCACUUUGUUGAUGAUAAUGAUGUUUUUCAUUUGUUAGACGGUGAUAGAAUAGCCACACUUCUUGCUGGGUUCUUAAUGGAAAAAGUUAAAGCUACAGGUAUGGAUAUUGGUUUUGGCUUAGUACAGACAGCUUAUGCAAAUGGAGCCUCAACACGAUAUAUUACUGAUGAAUUGAAGGUGUCUGUGGCAUGUGUUCCGACAGGUGUUAAACAUUUGCAUCAUAGAGCUCAAGAUUUUGAUAUCGGUGUCUAUUUUGAGGCAAACGGACAUGGCACUGUAUUGUUUUCAAAUGAUGCAAAGUUAAAAUUGAAUUUGGAGGAAUCUCAAAUAAAGGCAGCCAAGGAAUUAAUGUGUUUAAUAGAUCUUACGAACGAAACUGUUGGUGAUGCUAUAUCAGAUAUGCUUUUGGUUGAAACUGUUUUACACAGCCGAGGAUGGGAUCUCAAUGAUUGGCUGAGUACUUACACCGAUCUUCCAAAUAGACAACUAAAAGUCACUGUACAGGAUCGAACUGUGAUUACAACUAAAGACGCCGAGAGAAUUUGUGUCACUCCAGAGGGUCUCCAGGACGAAAUUAAGAAUCUUGUUAACAAAUAUCAAGACGGCAGGGCAUUUGUGAGACCAUCUGGUACAGAAGACAUUGUCCGUGUGUAUGCAGAGGCAGCUACUAGAGAGGAAGCAGAUUCAUUAGCUUCCGAUGUGGCAAGAGCAGUUUAUAGAUUAGCAGGAGGUGUUGGAGAGGAACCCAAACAUAAUUCUGCAUACUAAAUUUGGUAGUGAGUUUAAAAAUUCUGUACUGCAUUUAUUAUAGAAACUUAAAUUUAGUGCAUAUUUCAUAUCUCAGGCAUGUAGAAUUAGCCUUUUCCAUAAAACGUAACCGACGAUUUUUUUAAUAUUCAAUAUUUUAUCGGAAAUAGGAAAAUUAUA